GUAAGGACGCGAAAUUGUCACCAAUUCUGCCCACUCAAAAGAUGAACAGUGUGAUUACCUCACGUUCGAACACGAACUUCAGUGCUUUGAGUGAAUUUAAACCCAGUCUGGCUGUUGGAUUGCCAGAUGUGCUGGAAUGACUAAUUUCACUAUGACCAGUAGUCAUGGGCAUCCAAGUAGGAGCAUGAGUCGUCAAAAUGUGACUCCUAGUAGAAAUAACCUAGAAAGUCAAGAGUCCAGUGAUCACGAUAUUUAUCAAACUUUAUUAUCUUUGGCUCUCCUGUGUCUCCCGUCCUUACUGAUGUCUUUUCUUGCAUUAUUUUUUCUACAAAAGAUUAGUCCAUUGACUUUAACCAUAAGUAAUGGAAAAUCAUUCAACAGUGAUUCUCCUAACAAAAUUAUAAUGGGAGGUGGAGAAUUUUUUGUUGUAUACCAAGUAUCAGUAGCCUUGAGCACUCUCUCCAUAUCUUUAAACCUUUGUUGUCUCUUUGUAUGUUCUAUACAGUUCCUCUUCGCCAUCAGCCUGAUGAAGACGGUCCAUAAUGAUGAAAGGACAGAAAAGUUUUGAAGAGAAGUUCUUACACGAGGAUCAUCGCAAUUGGCGGUUUUUUCUUAUCCAUACCCAUAUUUUU